UCUAAUGUUGGUCCGGCGAGAUCAUUCAAUCUCACAACACGACAAAGCGGCCUCCCCACUAACUCCAGUAGAUUCGUUGCCUUGGAACUUCUGACUCCUCCCCUCAUCCUCUUUUUCGAAAAAGCGGCGUUGCCCUCUGUUUUUCGAAAAAGUUGCAACUUGCAAUAGAUAUAGAUAGAUAGAUGCCUUCUUUUCCUUCCACUUCCAGUUCGCUGUCGACGAUCCUUGGUGUUUUCUUAUUUUGCAAGAACAAGAAUAAGAAGAAGGAAAAAAAAAAUGAGAUUUUUGCAGAAGAUCAAGCUACUGGUAGCGCAUUGUGCCACCGGCGGCGGCGGCGGCGGCGGCGGCGGCGGCAAAUGUUCUACCCUGAUCCGACGGCGUCGCAGGCGGCGGAAGAAGCCUCACGAGUUCAGCAAGUUCCGACGGAUGCUACACGGAGCCGACCGCAUGGUCGGCGCGGACGAGCGUCGGAACUCGGAAGAGCUGAAACAGAGGCUGGUGGAUUUGUUUUUCGAGUCGGAAGGAGGAGGAGGAGGAGACGAAGGCGGCUGCGGUGGCGGCGCUGAGAGGACGAGAGCAGAAGAAGGCAUGGCCCGCGGUGGCAGAAGAGGGUGGAGGUUCGGGUCUUCGGUGGGUCUCCGGUGCCGGCUGCUCCGGCGGGCCUGGAGGCCGGUGCUGGUCGCCAUUCCGGAGAAUGACUGACACUUUAAAUUACGGUACGUGCAUGAAUUUCGUUGUGCUUCUUGAUCGGCUUGAAAUAUUGGGCAUGAUCAAUUAUUCUUCAUCGAAUUGUAAUAAGCGAAAACAGCAAGAAAUUGUGCAUGAAUUUAUUUGUUGAUAAUUUUAUCCUUCGAUAAGGAUUUACUUUGUUGUA